UUGGUCACACUUUCUGUUUCGGUCAAAACAAACUGAACAAUAGUUAAUGUUUUUAAACAUUUUCGAUGCGACUGCAUAAUUAGGCAUGGAAAUCGGCAACGAUCAGUCCUAUCAGGACUUCUUCGACAAGUUGCGAAGUGAAUCGGGUCCUCGCAACUUGCGCCAGAUCUUUGAGGACGACGAUCGUCCGCUGGCGAACGAAUCAUCCAGCUUGCGCUAUCAGCCAGGCAGCUCCAAAAAAUUGCAGGCUGGCAAAAGACCGGCCAUGACCAGGAGUAGCACCCAGGAGACGGGUGAUUCACCGCCUGCCGCCUGGAACACGGCCAUUGCCAAGGUGGUGCAUGCCUAUCGGAGCAGCGAGAACGUUGGACGCGUCGGCCUGGCCCUCUCGAUUCUGGGCGAGAUGGAGGCCAGCAAGCUGAUUGUCUACCGCAGCAAGAGUCAGGUGCUGACCACGCUGCAGUUGACACCGCGUGGCGGCAAGGUGAUACUGCGCGAAUCCUAUCUGCAGUUCUACGAUGACGAGCAGCGCUUCUGGAGCCUGCGAUUCGACAAGGAACCGGAUGAGAAGGAAUUCAUAACGUUUAUGGUCAAAAACAAACUGCCAGUGGAGCACUAUCUCAGCGAGAUCUCAUCCUCCAGCUCGGCAUCGCCUUCGCGUGAGGAUUUAUCUAAGAUCCGAACUAAAGCAACGGUCACAAAGACGACGCCUAAUCCGCCACAGCCGCAACCACGUUCCCGCGUAACGCUGCCAACGCUGGAGAAGGCGGACGAUGAGGAACGCGAACGGGAAACAGAGACACCUUCCAAUGAGGAUGUGAUAGUAACGCCAGUGCCGCGACCCAUAGGUUCGUCAAAUGCUCACAGGAAACUCAGUGCCAGUUCCCUGGCGGUGGCCAACGCUUCAACGAGCAGCGAUACUCCGUUGGCUGUGACGACACUGGACAAAUAUCUAGACGAACAGCGUGCCUCGGGUGCGUUAAUGGAGCACAAGAUGGACGCCAUUCUGCAGGCCAUGAAUCGCAUGGGCGGCCAGUCGAGUGUUGCGCCCAAGAAGCCCAGUGAUCCGCUGCUGGAACGCGACAGCGAGGACGAGAUGCUGGAGCUGGAGCAGAAGCUGCUCAACUUGAAGCGGGAGAAUCGAGCGCUAAUGCGCAACCUCAAGGCACGCGAACAGGCGCUGGAGGAUCUACGCUGCUCGGCGUGCGCCCUUUGCGAGGAGCUACUAGUCCAGAAUGGCGAGCUCAAGUCGCAGAAUGCCCAGCUGUUGUUAGCCAGCCAGCAUAUUUCCGAUUCAAGCACAGCUGCUUCGCCUGCCCAUUGCCGCAAUUGCGAGUCGUCUUCCCGGCAAAUAGCCAAAAUGCAGCUACACAUUUCCGCACUGCAGGAAGCGCUGCGAAUCUUUCAGAAAUCAGGCGACUCCAGCUCCAGUUCGGGUCGGUUAUAGCACCUAACGUAGGCGUAUUAUAUAUGUUCGGUAUUACUAUCGAAAAGUGUAUUAAAUCAUUUGUUAGGUCGCGUAACAUAUCCACAAAUACAAGCCAGACACUAUUAGCUAUCUUUAAGUCAUUAGAUUGCCAUGUUAUUGGGCUCAUUUACAAAGCGAUUUUCUAAUCUAUUACAACUAUUAUUACUAAAUGUGAGAUAUAAAAUAUGUUGCGGAAGAUUAUAAUUAAUAGCAACCCAUGCUUUGCUCUCUCUCAAUUAUG